CGCUACUGCGUUGGGUCACGUGUUAAACCAUGACAACACGGAAGGAAAGCAUCAUGGCGGACGAUCAGGCAGCAGCUCCAGAAACAAAUAAUGAACAACCAAUAGAAGCUGAGGAGGUGGCACCACCAGCUGAAGCAACAGAAGAGACUCCUCCUCCUGCUGCAGAGGAAAGUACAGAAAAUGAUGUUGCUGAGCAACCAGCCACUACAUCUGAUGAAGCUCCUGUAGUGGAGGACACAGCUGAUGUCGCACCAGCUGAAAAAGAUGGUCAAGAAACUGAGGGGGAAGCAGCUCCUGCAGCUGAAGAUGCUGUAGCAGCUGAGGAACCAAACGCUGAAGCUGGAGGAGAACCCCCUGCUGAUGGUGCUGAAGCGCCUGCUGAGGAUGGGGAAGGAGAACAAGACAAACCAACUGAAGGAGAACCUGCUGCAGAAGGAGAAAAAGUUGAUGAUGAAGAAAGCAAAGAACCCGAAAAAACAGAGGGAGAGGGAGAAAAACCUGAAGAAGGAGAUGUCGAAAAGGAAGCAGGUGAAAAAGCUGAGGGUGCGGAAGGUGCAACUGAAGGAGAGGAGAAACCAGACGUAGUGGAUGGCGAAGAGAAACCAGAAGCAGAUCAAGAAGGAGGCCAAGCUGUAGAAACUAUUCUUGAAGAUGAAGAAGGUGAAGUGAAAGAAGAACAAAAAGAGGGCUCUCCAGUUCCACAAAGUGAUACAUUUGCUGAAGGAGAACGACCAGAGACACCAACUGUUGCAGUCAUGGAACCACUAUCAAGGGAAGGCACCCCAAGAGGUUCACCAGAACCAUUAGAUGCUGGAACACCAGAACGCAGAGCAUCUCCUGUACAAGAAGAAGAUGAGUACUAUUAUGAAGCAGAAGAAGAAGAAGAAGAAGAAGAAGAAGAUGAGGAACCAAUGUACUCCAGAGAAGAACUCAUAGAAGAAUACCAGAGUUUGAUGUCAGAGAGAGAGCAAAUGGCUAACCAAAACUUCCAGCUACAGCACAAACUGGCUGAGUAUUUUCACAAAAAAAAGUCUGAUGACCAGAGACAAGAUAUGGAUAAGAAUGUCACUGACCAAGAACAGAGAUAUCUUAAAUAUAUGGCAAAUCUUGAGGAAUUGCGAGACAAAGACAGUCAUCAGAGGAUGGACUAUCAACAGCAAAUUGAUGAAUUAAAAGAUAAAAGACAACAGAAACAAGAACUUGUCACUGAAGAAAACAAAGACUUCCAGGAGUUCAAGAAACAAGUUGCUGUGGCCUCUGUAAACAGUCGAUCCGGGAAACCAAUUCCACAAAAAGAUAUUGAACAAUUCUUGGGUCUAGAGAUGAAGAAAGAAUUGGAAGUAGUUCAAGUAAGAUUAGAAAACAUAAAACUGAAAAACAGACUGAAAAAGAGAGAACAACAAUUGAAAGCAAAAGAAGAACUAGCAGAAGGAUUACAUCUUAUAGAUUUUGAACAGUUAAAAAUUGAAAACCAAACAUAUAAUGAAAAGAUAGAGGAGAGGAAUGAGGAGCUUCUCAAACUUAGGAAGAAAAUAACAAGCACAGUGCAGGUGUUGACUCACUUGAAAGAGAAGCUACAGUACGUACAAGCAGAGAACCAAGUCCAAAAGGUCCAGUUAAAAGAUGUGGAAGCUUUAGUAGCACAGAAACGUGACAUCCUUUCGAGAACCAAAAAAGCCAGAGAUAUGUUGAGAAUUGACAACCACAGACUUCGACAGAAGUCUGGACUUCUUGGUAACGAGUCAUUAUUGAGAGAUUUUGAAGAACGCAAAGAUGAGGGCGAUGAACUCAAACAGAAUCUUGAAGCCUUGAAAAGACGACAUGCUGAACUUGUACUCAAUACUAAUGGAUUCAGAAAGAAAAUUGAACAUGCUAGGGCUGCAAGAAACUAACUCUAUUAGAAUUAAUUUGUAUAUAAGACUAUUGUUUAAAUCCUAUGUUACUCCAACUUUAUUUCAUGCCCUUCAUCUCAACACUACCAGAAUUGUAAUUAUAACAUAAAAUUUACUGUAUGUAUAUAUUAAGACAUCUUAAAAUUAAAAUUUUGUAUUCUUUGUGAAAAAAUAAUUA